AUGAACGGUGAGGAGCAGUACUAUGCGGCCACACAGCUCUACAAGGAUCCUUGCGCAUUCCAGAGGGGCCCGGUGCCAGAGUUCAGCGCUAACCCCCCUGCGUGCCUGUACAUGGGCCGCCAGCCCCCACCUCCGCCGCCACCCCAGUUCGCAGGGGCUCUGGGGACACUGGAGCAGGGAAGUCCCCAGGACAUCUCCCCGUACGAAGUGCCCCCGCUCGCUGAAGACCCUUCGGUGGCCCACCUCCACCACCACCUCCCAGCUCAGCUCGGGCUCACCCACCCGCCCUCCGGCCCUUUCCCGAAUGGAACAGAGCCUGGGGGCCUGGAAGAACCCAGCCGCGUUCAGCUCCCUUUCCCGUGGAUGAAAUCCACCAAAGCUCAUGCGUGGAAAGGCCAGUGGGCAGGCGGUGCAUACGCAGUGGAACCGGAGGAGAACAAGCGGACCCGCACAGCCUACACGCGGGCGCAGCUGCUGGAGCUGGAGAAAGAAUUCUUAUUUAACAAAUACAUAUCCCGGCCUCGCCGGGUGGAGCUGGCAGUGAUGCUCAACCUGACCGAGAGACACAUCAAGAUCUGGUUCCAAAACCGUCGCAUGAAGUGGAAGAAGGAGGAAGAUAAAAAGCGAAGUAGCGGGACGGCGAGCGGGGGAGGUGGGGGCGAAGAGCCAGAACAGGAUAGUGCGGUGACCUCGGGCGAGGAGCUGCUGGCCUUGCCGCCGCCGCCUCCUCCCGGUGGUGCUGUGCCCCCAGGCGUCCCCGCUGCAGCCAGGGAGGGCCGCCUGCCUCCAGGCCUUAGCGCAUCACCACAGCCUUCCAGCAUCGCACCUCGGCGACUGCAAGAACCUCGGUGA